AUGAACCAAAAUGUCUAUACACCUUGCCACCAACCUUAUGAACCACCACCUCCUUAUACACCACCUCAAUAUCCCCACCCACAAGAACCACCUCCCACAUAUACAACCUUUCUCCUAACUUUUGAACUUCCUCUUCCACCGCAAUUUCAAGUUUUCCAACCCUUGCCCCAAGAAGAACAAGACCUUCAAGCAUUCCUCCAAGAGCAAGAAGGGUUCCGAAGGAAGCAAGGGGAGUUCAUGGCCACCAUAGCUGAAGCGGUACACCGCUUGACCUUGCUAUGCUCAAGCAAUCAAGACAUUCCCCUUGAGGAAUGUGGAGUAGCAACGAAGGAGUGUAGUGAGGAGGAGGACAUAGAGCCUCAAGGGAAAGAAGAUGAGCUAGAACAAGAGUCGCAAAAAGAGGAGGAAGGUAGAACUAGUGAACCGGAAGAGAUAAAUAGAGAAUUGAGAGAAUUUGAUCAAGAAGUGGAUUGCAUCAUCAAUGAUUUUUAG